AUGACUGCCUAUCUACUUGUGUGCCUCUGCGCCCAUGAUGACGCGGCUCACAAUGGGACUGCACCGCUUCAGACUGACGGUGGUGCGGCCAUGUACGUUGGACACACGCAUUAUCUCUAUAAUCUUUCGCCCCCUGCUCCCUACCCCGACCCACGCUACACCGAGUCAUAUUCCGCUUACGCGGUCCAUGUCUAUUGUUCCCCCUCGUGGCUCUUGAAGCCGGCAGGGGACCACGUGGUUAGUGUACUCGCGCGUAACGGCUUUAGUGAGGAAAACCUGAGUCCCUCCCCGAGGUUAGGCUAUGACGAAGAGCGGCGCACGUGUUUACCUCACUAA